CUGUCAUAAUUCUGCAACAGUUGCACGACAUUAGAGCGAAAACGAGAACAGAACUAGUAGUAAUUACUACUGUGUUGCUAUGAACUGUGAAAACCUUAUUUUAUUGACCGCCCUGUGUGGCAUUUGGACAGUGAGCAUCUCAUUGGCAAAGAAGGACUAUUAUGAAAUCUUGGGGGUGAAGAAGAAUGCCACAGACAAGCAGAUCAAGAGGGCCUUCCGAAAACUGGCCGUUAAAUAUCACCCGGAUAAAAAUAAAGACAAAGAUGCCCAGGAAAAAUUUGUAGAAAUAGCCAAAGCCUAUGAAACCUUGAGUGAUCCCGACAAGAGGAAGAAAUAUGAUCAGUUUGGCGAUGAAGCCGAGAACCUUCAUGGAGGAGGAGGUGGUGGUCAACCGUUCACGUUCAACAUGAAUGACUUUUUCCGUGGGUUCGAUGAAGCGUUCAAUGCUCACCAGGAAGGGCACCAUCGGCACCAGGAGGGAUUCAAAUUUCACUUUGGUGGAAAUGGUGGACAGCAAAAUACCAGAUUUUUUAAUUUUGACGAUUUAUUUGAGGACGAUGAUGAUGAUGAUGGUGAUUUCUUUUCCUUUGGCGGGAGUCCAUUUGGUCAUCACGAUAUGAGAUUUGCCUUUGAUGACGAGGAGGACAUAUUUGGACAUCAAGGUCACAAUCAUUAUUCCCGCUCCCACAACCACAAUCACCACGCCCACCACACACACCACAGAAACCUACAUCAUAACUUACACCACAUGCACAACAAUAUGCAUGGUAACUUUGGUAACAUGAGAAUGCAUUCUUCUGGUUUUCAUAGUUCAGGAGGUCGGACAUGUCGCACGGUGACUCAAAGAGUAGGAAACAUGGUAACAACCCACACUGAGUGUUCAUAAUGUGUACGUAAACUGUUAACCUUUACUGUGAUAUUAUUUGCGACCUCGUGGUGCUUGGAUCAUCCAUUUUUAGCUCACCUUGACAAAGUCAAGAGGAGCCUAUUUCAGCUGGUGAUUGUAAUUCAUAAUUUUCCAUAAUUAUAAACAGACCUCACACAGUUUCACAUAGGCGGAUCCUGUGUGGUGGCUGUUUUUUGAUCCUCAGACACAAGGAAUGAUGAUGUAUAUAUAAGAUUGCAUGUCAGCAAUAUCAAGAAGUGCUGUUUGAGAGGUGAUCGUUGAUGACAGAAUUUUGAUGUUGAAAUUUAGCACACAAAUGACAAGUUUUGUUUGUAAGUUUUUUCUUUCUUUUUUUUUCUUUUGUUUGUUUUGUUUUGUUUUUAUUUAUUUUCUUCAUUUAGUUUCUUUGUACUGUAAAGUCAUAGAUAUGAUAAGAGAUUUGCAUCUGCAUUGUAAUUUUUUUUGUUUAAAUUUGCUAGAGAAUUUGAGUCUGUCUCUUAGUAUUUAGACAAUCUGAUUAAAAUCAUAUCCUUUGAUCCGCUCACAUAGAUUGCUACAAAAGGAUCUGAAGAAACACCAUUCAGGGUCAUCUCCUGGUGACCUUUCAAUUAUCCAAUCAAACAUUUGCUUAGAAGUGUCUCAGAAUUCAGUUACAGAAGUGAAAGACCCGAUGAUACACGAACGGAAAAUCAUGACCUGGUUUCCAUAGCCUGUCAAAAGAAUGACCACAGUCUUUUCUGUACAGAAAUAUAUUAAGUAUUUGCUUUUGCCUUGUUUUUUACCUCUUUGUUUUGUACAAAACGAUAAGAUCUUCUCCACAGCUACUUUCACUUCUACAUUCAUUUUCCCGCAUGUCGCUUAAAUACGAUCUCUCUGAUUGGUCAAAACUUUAAUGAAUAUUUUUAUUAGAAAGGUCACCUGGAGAUGACUCUAAAUGGGGUUUCUUCAGAUCCUUGUAUAGAGAUCUAUGUGAGCGGAUCAAAGGAUCUGAUUUUAAUCAGAUUGAGUAUUUAGAGUACCAUGGAUAGCAUUAGCAAUAUUUAAUUUUUCAUGGAUAAAUAUUCCUUGAUUAAAUAUGAACGUUCUGUCUUACUGAAAUCAGAAUGUGAUUGGAGACUGUGUUCAUUGUAAUGUUAUUUAGAUAUGAUAGCUAGCAUGUGAAAUCACUAGACUUGACGUUUAUGUUUUGUAUGCAAGACUUACUGUAUUUUUGUUUUUGAAUGAAUCGCACAGUUUUCCAUUGCCUACAGCAAUUUUACUCAAAUGCAAAUACAUGUAUUAUCCAUUUAAUUCUUCACAGCAUAAAUUAAAAGCUUCUUCAACCUAGGUACUUAGUGUACCUGUAUAAGAUUUUAUGUAAAAUGCUCCAUUACUGACGCUGUCCAAAAAGGUAGCUUAGCCGACUGUAGAAAACUGUAGAAAGAUUUCUUAGACAUGGCAAGUAUUUUAAUGCCAGAAUGUUUUCUUCAUUCAUAUUUUUGUAUUUGAAGAUUUGCUUUAAUUCUAAGCCAAACAAUAGGGGUUUACAAAAUGAUGAUGCUAUGGAAAAUGCUCACCUGUUUCUUUUUUUUCCUCCAUCAACCUUAUGUUGACCUGUACAAAGUAUCUCUGUCUUCAUAAAUAUGAAGUAUGCCUUUUCUUUUGGACUGAUAAACUUUAUUCAUAACAUUUAUACUAGUCAUAUCACUCAUAUAUCUUUCAUACCAGCAAACAAUUAAUAUUUAGUUUUUAUUUUUCUGGUUCCUUAUUUCUGUGGUAAAAAAAGUCAGUUAGAGGAGCUAUUGUAAGUGUUAAGCCUUGAUAUGAUAAAUCAACAAGAUUUAAAAACAGAAAUUACAAAUGCGUGACUUUUUUUUUCUUUCCUUUUUUUUUUUUGGUCAGAUGUUUCAUUUAAAUUUUAAUUGGUAAUUUUCAAUUAUAACUUGUCACUCAGUUAAACAGUAUCAUAUGUUAUAUUUACCAGUAAAACUUAAAACCUCUUUCUUAAUUAUGUUGGAAAUAAAAAUCCACUGUGGCUUCAAAACAGAGGUGAAAUUAUGUAUUAUUAAGUACAGGUUUAAGUAAGUUGUUAUUGAAUAUUGUUAUCAUUUAUAUUUUGUUAACUGAAUUACCCAUUGUCUUUCAAUUAUGGGAAAUAAACUUUGUGCUCAUUAA